AAAGAGAAAGAGAAAGAGGGAAAGAAAAACGCGUCGGAAGACAGGGACCAAGGCAAGCAUCUUAACAUGUCUCCGGUUACUCUCAACGUUGGGGGCUACCUCUACGUUACCCAGAGGCAAACUCUCACCAAAUAUCCGGACUCUUUCUUGGAGAGGGUGGUCAACGGGAGAACCCUCUGCCCGUCUGACACGGAGGGUCACUUCUUCAUCGACAGAGACGGUCUCCUAUUCAGGCACGUCCUGAACUUCCUCAGGAACGGGGAGCUGCUCCUCCCCGAGGGCUUUAAGGAAAACCAACUUCUGGCCCAAGAGGCCGAAUUUUUCCAGCUUCACCCCUUGGGGGAGGCGGUGAAAGCCAGGUGGGAGAAGGAACAGCUGGCGUCGAGGGAAGCCACCUUUCUGGAGAUCACCGACAGCCACGACCGUGCCCAGGGCCUCCGGAUUUUCUGCAACGCGCCCGAUUUCAUCGCCAAAAUCAAAUCCCGCAUCGUUUUGGUCUCGAAAAGCAGACUGGACGGUUUCCCCGAAGAGUUUUCUAUCUCUUCCAACAUCAUUCAGUUUAAAUACUUCAUCAAGUCGGAAAACGGGACUCGGCUGGUUUUGAAGGAAGACAACACCUUCGUCUGCACCUUGGAGACUCUCAAGUUCGAAGCCAUCAUGAUGGCCCUCAAAUGCGGCUUCCGAUUGCUGACCAGCCUGGAUUGUUCCAAAGGGUCGAUCGUUCACAGCGAUGCCCUCCAUUUCAUCAAGUGA